AUGGCUAGGCAAUUCGUCGCAGCCAUAACUGAUUUCAGAGGUGAGGCACCUCGUGACGUGGAGCAAGGUUGCCCAUUUAAAAGAUUUGAAAGGCUUAACAUCCCUAUGUUUGAUGGGAAACAAGGUCCUAUAGAGUCUGAAAAUUGGCUAGUAGACGUUGAAGAAAUAUUACAGCUGGCAGGAUGUACAGAGGAACAAAAGGUACAAUAUACAGCUUACAGACUAUCUGGUGAAGCCAAACGAUGGUGGAAUGCCAAGAAAGUACUACUAGUCCAAGAAUUAGGAAGUGAAAGGGCGAUCUCUUGGGAACGUUUUCAAAAGGAGUUCCUUCAGCAUUACUUCCCUAAAAUCCUCAGAGACGCUAGAGCACGAGAAUUUAUGGACCUCACCCAAGGGAAUAUGACAGUUGCUCAGUACGCUGCUCGUUUUAAUGAGUUAGCUCGCUUUGCUCCAUAUUUAGUAGCAGAUGAGGAGAAUCGAGUGAGAAAGUUUGAACAAGGUCUCAACCCCCAAAUACUCGAUCGAGUGGUAUGUCUAGAAAUUCACGACUUUGUGGAAUUGGUGAACAAGGCUUCCUUGGCUGAGGAAAGUUUGAAGAGGAACGCUAUAGCAAUGGCAGAUUCACGGAAAAGAACAGCACCUGCAAUGAACGGUAACCAACCCUCUUGGAAACGGAGGCAGAAUGGAGGCAACCAAGGAGUUAAUUUUAUGGGGAACAGACCAGCCUCAUCCAAUGACAUGCUCUGCCCUAAAUGUAACCGUCCUCAUCAAGGGCAAUGUCGUAUAGGAACCAACAUAUGUUUUUGGUGUGGUCAAGCCGGACAUUUCAUACGAGAUUGCCCCAGCGCAAGGGUAAGAGCCAAAUCUGAGCAAAAGGGAAACGGACAGAAGCAAUUUGCUCAAGCUAGAGUAUACGCUCUCACACCAGGCAAUGCAGAGACAAAAGAAUGA